CAAAAAGAUGAUAAAAACCAAGACAGCAUUUCAUUAAAAAACUUUAAAUUUUAAGCUUAAUAUACUCAAUUUAAUUGACUAAAUUCAUUUUGAACUCCUGUUUUAUCACAUUCAACUGAAGACCACACGAAUUAUAUCGCAAAAUCAGAUUUUGUCCGCAAAAUGGACGAUGAGCCAGAAUUUGUGCUCACGCGGUUCAUUAAUCCGCAUCUCAUGUGGAUCAGAUCCUUGAAACCUUCGGAUGAAUUCACAAAUUUCGAGGAGCAGUUCAACAGACAGUACAAAAACAACAAAAAUCUGGACAACGAUGUUUGUAAGCCAAAAAUUGGUGAUAUGGUGGCUUAUUUCGAUCGUGCCAUCAAAAAAUGGUAUCGAGCAGUGGUGGAUCUCAUUAUUGAAGUACCGAAUGUUUAUUAUUUGUGGCUCGUGGAUUAUGGAUACAGCAUCAAAGUAUCUGCGAACAGCGUGAAUACGUUAGAAAGGAAAUUUCGCACACCCGAAACAUUUGGAAAUGUCUUGCAAGUUGGCGUAGCGAAUAUUUUGCCAGCAACGGAAGAUUAUGACUUUCUGAAUGAGCAGCCAGUGAUCGAAAUGGCGAAUUGCUGGAAAGAAUCCACAAUUAUGCAGCUGCAGAAAAUCUUUGAUAUGUCAUAUGCGGUCGAAUUUCAGGAAAAACUUCGAAUUGGCGAGAAAAUUUUCGGAGAUUUGACAAUUCACACGAAUACGGGGAAAGUUUUGAACUUACGGAAGGUGUUGACAAAAUCUCCGAACGCUGUUGAAGUGAAGCCAGAUGAAUUUACGGAAAAUAUGGAACGCAUCAACACCGUAAAUAUUGAUCGGUACUUGGAUAAUAAUCGACAAUGCAUCAAAACUCCCGAAAGAAAAGGAAAAUUACCGAAAAAAGUCUCUCCUGUACCGCUUGUAGCAAAACCAAAAAUCGUUUCAGACAAAGAAAUUGAUGAAAUGCCACCUCUUGUUGCCUUUGAAGAGUCUCAUGUAGCUGUAAAAAGUGACGCUGAGAGUCAAAUGGACGAAUAUGAGUCAAGUUUAACAAAUUCCGACAAAAUGACUCCAAAUUCAAAGAAAAAUGCUAUGGACCGUUUGCGACAAAUGCGAGCUAAGAAGUUGAAUGAUGAUGAACAAAGUAAUCAUUCAAGUUCGAGUUCAUCUUCGACUAUUAUGCCGUCGUGCUACGAUCAAAUUCUGGCACAAGAAGAUAGAAUUAAGAAAUUGAAACCUCGUAAGCCGGGAUUGAGUCGUCUUGAUAAAAUGCUGGCUAAAAGAAAUGCCUUAACGAACAAAUUAGAAGAAAAAAAAGUUAAUAAAGAACAAAAAACUCCAGAUAAUUCGGCAAAAAGCUCACCUGAUGAUAAGAUAUCGAGAAUGCAUAAAAGUUUGUCACCAACAACGGAUCUGGGACUUAAUGAUCAACUGAAAUCACGACAAUAUCUUAAAUAUCGUACUACUGAUGAUGAUGAUUUUUACCGCUCCAUUGUGGACUUUCCGCUAGUCAUGGUGCACGGCAAGCAUCCCGCACGUGCUGUUUACAACUACAAUGAAGUGCCAUUUACUCCAGAAGUCUUUGAAGCGAUAAAAAAACGCACACCGCGCAACGAAAUCCGCCGACUUCAGGCUCAUGUAUGGCCUCACAUCAUGCACGAAGACUCUGCUGUCCUCAUCGGGAAACCUGGAUCCGGAAAAACUUCCACUUUAAUUCCUGCAAUUUGUUCCUUAGUCAUUCGUCUCCAUGAAGACGAACAAAUCCCAGAAAGUUCUGGUCCAGCAGUCAUUAUUGUUGCUGCAUUUGCCGAUAAUGUCUCCGAAAUUUGUUGCAACAUCAGAUUUCACUUGAGAAAAUGGAACGAGCGACAGGAAGAGGACAAGAAAAUUCUCGUUGAAGAAGCGUACGGCAUGCACAGAAAAGAGGAAGUUGAGGCUUCGUUACUUAAUGGCGUCGGAGUGUUGGUUGUGACGCCUCCGUGUCUCCAACGAAUGAUCGAGCGAUCCAAAGAAGUUCCGUUAUUCCGAAAAUCUCGCGUCAAAAUUAUGGUAGUUGAAGAUUUCGAUGUCGUUCAUAACAAUUUCGGUCAAAUUUUGUGCGAUCAAAUCCAAUAUUUCUCCGUUAAGCACAAAGACGGGAAUCCGACUCAACUGAUGAUCACUUCGUCGCAGUGGGAGCCGCAACUCAUGAAAUACUGCACUUUUGGCAAAAAUCCCGCUUUGUACAUCGCGCAUUACAUUGAAGCUGCUGUUUACGGCAGAGUCCAUUUUCGCUUGAAUUUCGCGAAAAAAGACACGAAAAAGGUGUUGCUUCAACAUUUCCUGGCUGACGACAUUUACAAAGCGAAACGCACUAUGGUCAUUUGUUCCGACGACGAAGAAGUCGAUGAAGUUUGUAAUUUUUUGCGAAAUUUGCAUAUCACGUUCACUUCGUACACGCACGACACCGAAGAAGCGGGACGUGAACAGGCUUUGUCGUGGCACGAGGACUCGACGCGACAUUUAUCCGUACUUGUGUGUUCCGACAACGUUUUGGGAGAUCUUACCAAAGUAAAAAAUGUUCAACGGCUCUUCCAUUUUUCACUUCCUGACUUGUGGAGCACAUUUUCCUUCCGUUUUUCCGUGUUUUUCAACAGUUACUGUGAUUUUGUGAGUAAAAAGGGCGAAAUGCCCCAAGGAUAUGAACCGCCAUUCGCUCAAAUUGUGAUAGAUGAGAAUGCUCGCAACACCUUGCCACGCCUAACGGAGUUCCUGGAACGCGUAAAUGCGAAAAUUCCGAAGGAAGUCUUGGAAAUUAGUCGUCAAAUCUUGAUUGCCAGAGAUGCGUCGCGAAAAUCCCUCGAUUUGUGUCCUUAUUUCUUGGAAUAUGGACUAGAAACGGGCAAAUGUGCUCGUAUCAACUGCCGUGAUCGUCAUAAUUUGCUGCCUUGUGACAAGCCAACGAGUCGAAUGCCACCGCACGGAGCCUUUUUAAAGGUAAACGUCACUUGCAUCCACAGUCCGAUACAUUUUUCGGCGCAAGUCUUGGCAUAUCGCUUCCGAAACGAACGAGAAUGGUCCCAUUUUGACAACAAAGAUCAAAAUGCAGCCGACGUCGAGUUAAAUUUGCAACUGAAUCUCUAUUUUAACAACUACGAGAACCAGCGGCAACAAUCAAACGUCAAAAAAGGCGAUCUCUGUGGAUGGUUUGAAGCAGGUUCCACUUAUCGACGUGUCCUUAUCACAGAAAACCCGAAAAAACAUCCGUCUAUCGAUAAGCCGCAAAAAGUCAACAUUCGUUUAAUCGACACGGGAGACGUGUAUUACGAUCAAGCAGUGACCAGUCUCUUUGAAUUGCCAGAUGCGCUUAAGAAAAUCCCGCCACGAGCGAUUGACAUUCAUCAUACGGGUUUUGUGCCGUACGACGGAGACAAAUAUUGGGGAAAUCGAGCGAAGAAAUGUAUCGACUACACUUUCAACAAUUUCGAAAAAAAGAUGAAAGCAGAUAAAAAUAACGCGAAAAAUUAUUAUGUUCGGGUUUCGGUGAAUUUUCGCUUGGAAAAUCAUAUUUUUACGCCAAAAGUGACGCUGUGCGAGCCGUUGGAGGGUGAAAAUUAUGUUGAAUAUCCGUUGCACAAAAUUUUGAUGCGAAGUAAUUUUGCACAAAAGGACAAGGAAGCGAAAAAUAUCAAAAUUUUGAGCGAAAUGGCAGAGAAUUUAGGUUUCCGAAAUGACGAAGAUCUCGGUUACAGCUCUGCAAACACCUCAACGCCUUUCAGUGACACUUGUGAUAACUCUAAAAACGACUUUGACAUUUCAAAAGCAUCACCUAGAAGUACUUGGGACUACUUGGAUCGAUCUACUUUGCAUCAAAUCGUAGUUUAUCACAUGGAAAAUUCAUCACAAUUCUCUAUUGUUCGCAUUGAUCGUCUCAAAAAGAUUGACGAACUACACGAUUUCAUCAACAAAUGCAUGUCAGACCCGAAAAACGUUCGAAAAAUAAAAAAUCCUGAGCCAGGAAGCAAUUGUUUGGUUCCCAUGGACGAGGAUUACGUUCGUGGUCGCAUAAUUGAUGUCAAAAAUGAUGUAGCUUCAAUUUUUAUUUGUGACUUUGGUCGGUUAGAAAAUUAUGACUUGAAUGAAAUUUUUGAAACAACAAAAGAAAUUGUUGAAUUCAUGUCUUAUACGGCUAUAAUGGGAUCAUUUUCGGGAAUUACGAUAUUAGAAAAUGAUAAAAUCGAUGAAAUUUCCGAAUUUAUUCAAAAUUCAAUGAAAACUGGAGAACUUUUAGCUAAAGUUGUGUCGUUGAAAGAAAAUCUUGAAUGGCUUCCGGGACUUUAUUACUACGAUUUAGUCCUCGUUUUGCGUGACCAAGAUGAAAAUAUUCAAAUAUUGAAUCAUGAAUUGGUGAAAAAAGGUCUCGCUAAAUGGAUUUCAGGCUCAGAAGUUCAAAAAAUGUCUCCGAAAUCGAUUAUGAAAGAGCUUAACAAGGACCAAGAAGAAGAUGAAAAUUGGGAAUCGUUCGUUGGAACAUAUAAAAAGACUGAAGUCACUCCUUUACCUUCAGAAGAAAGUAUCGAGAGUGACUUAGAAUCCUUAGCAAAAGUUUCUAACGAACUUUUCGGCGAUGUUGAGCGACAAAUCGACUUCGACGGUGAAGAAAUGGUUCAAAUGAUGAAAAUGUUCAAGUUGGAUGCGUACAUUCCGAUGUUGGAAAAAUCGAAACAGCAAAAAUUGAAAGCAAUUAAACCCAAAACCGACAAAAAUUCAGAAAAAUCUUGCAAGGAAGAAGUAAUUAACAAUCCACAACGAGCUUUAAUUCACUCCACUCGUCAACCGGAAGUGCUUUGGCAACAAAACUCUUUUAUGGUUAUCAUUUCCAUCCAUUUGGGAGACCAUCACGACUAUCAUUUAGAAGUUUCAAAGUCUAGAAUGAUUUUUGCUCAUUUUCCUGAAACUUCAUCUCAACAAGAACCAUCAUUGAUGGUCAUAAACUUUUUUGGAAUGGUCGUUCCCAAACUUGUGUCACACCAAAUUCGUGGCUUAAAUCUCGUAAUUCGUCUUCCAAAACAAUUUGUUGGUAAUUUAUGGCCUAAUUUGACAAAAGAAGAGGACAAAAAUCCGUUUAUCAAGUAUAAAUUGGAGACUAUGGAACCAAUUGAAGAGGAUUUUGAACCGAUUCGAGAGGAAAUUCGAAAAAACGAAAGUUUUGAGCAAGAAAUUUCUUCAGAGGAUGACGAUGAAUUAGUUGAAGAAGACGAGGAACAUGAUGAUUUGGAAGAUCCAUUAUUUGAUGGAAUUAUUUAAAUCAAAAAUAGCUUUAAAAAACAUCACAUUUAGGAGAUAUUGACGAAAAAGUCAUCCUAUUUAUAAAACUUUUUUUUUAUGUGUAUCACAAAAAUAUUUUUUUAUGUUAAAAAAUUAAAUGUUUAGAUUUUAAGAUAAUAUUAUGAGAUAACUGAACAAGGAAUAAACAGUUAAGUAUUUAUUUAUUAUUUAAAAAAAUAAAAUAAACAAUAAAAAAAUAAAGUCGCUUC